GGGAUUUCAAGGGACACAACUCCUCGGGAGAGGAACAACUAAAAAUGAUAGCGUCCCUUUUUCAACUCUCAGGUGCUGGAGAGUAGGAAAGUGCAAGCGCGGGUUAGCCUUUAGACUCUAAACACAGCCAGGGUCGCAGAGAGAAUUACACCAUACUCAUCAAUGACAACAAGGAGGAGGUUCCGCUACAAUACCCAGCUUGAUUUAGAUCUCAUGGACCAAGUAGUUUUAGUGAACCCCUGGGACAGGAACAAGUCAUGGGAAGAUGUGGCGAGAGCAGCACGGACCGUGCAGCCUCUGUUCACUACAGUGACCACUAAGAGUUUGAUGGACAGAGCUAAAAUGCUCAUAAUGAAGAGGAAAGAAAAUGAGCUUGGUGUUGGAAUGUAUGUCUCCAUCAUUUUUAACAAUUAAAUUCAGGAAUUGACUGUAAAGAAAUGCCAGAGCUCAUAAGAACAGUUGAUGAAGCAAUAGUUCUGUGGGAAGCUGAAAUAGAUGCAGAGAAGGAGAGAAAAGCUGCUGGGAAACCAAUCACAUCUCUGAAUGCAGAUCAUAUUAAUCGAAUUUGUGCCCCUGUCAUUGCCAGCAUUAGAUGUAAUGACAUUCCUUCACCUUCAACUUCAGACUCCUCAAACACAGAAUGCUUGAAACGCAAACAGACUUCCGAUUCUAAAUUUGAUGCUCUUCUAGCUGUCUUAGACAAACUAAUCAGACGAGAUGAGGAGAAACACAAGAGACAGAUAGAAUGGGAAAGAGAAGAAAGAGAAUACAGAAGAGCUGAAGCUGAAGAGGAGAGGCGUUUACGAAGAGAGGAGCUGGAAGUUCGAAGGCAGGAACUAAUGUUGCAGGCAAAGCGUGAAGAUGCACAGCAGAAACGAGAUGCUGCAAUACUAGACUUUCUCAUGAAGCAUACAAAACCAAACACUUAAUGGAUCAGAGACGGUCCUGUAUGUACCAAUUUUAAUAUGUCCUCUCAUAGCGUGGCUUGCAAAUUUGGCAGUCUAGAUGCAUGUUGACAGGGAAGCAGUCACUAAUUAAAACUGCUAGUGUAUUUUCUAGCAAGUUUCUUCCCUAUAACUGCUUUUAGUUUCUGCUGUACAGGACAACCAGUGGAUAUGUCUUUGGCAUCAAAACUGCAGUGUUGUGACUCAAAUAUUGUGGCAAAUGGUAGCAGUAUUAAUGAGAUCAUAGACAGUGAAAGAGCUCAUUACAAUCAAUGAUGGAAGAGGGAUUCAGAGGAAGCUGUGGAAAAGACCACCCACUUCUGCACAGUUGGACGUGUACACAUCUGAUGACUUUGGAAUUAAUUACUUUUGGUGACCUCUGGACCCAAAUUUUGUUGAGAAGAUGAGCAAAGUUAAUGAGAUUGGACACAAGGGAAUAGUUUAUUGCAAGAAUGAAGUAAGGUGCUAAGAGAGAUGUGCAUGAUUAACAGUAUACAAGUGGGGUGAUAAAGAUCAUCAGGCAAGCCUCUUUCUGCAGAGUUUAAAAGGUCACAUCCGAGGACCUUGCAGGCUGCAAUCAAGUUAGAGUAAUUGUCCCAUCAAGUCAAGCAUAGUUUCAUCUGGAGUUGUUUUAGAGAUGAUUGACUCACGGACAUUUCAUGUCCAUAGUCAUGCAGCGAAGGCAUUCAGUGUUAUGCAUGAGCUUCGUCUGCAGGAACAGCUCUGUGACAUUAUCAUCAGUGUUAGUGGUGCCAAGUUCCAUGCACACAAGGUGGUGCUAGCUGGCUUCAGCCCUUAUCUCCGUGCAAUGUUUACAAACGGCAUGAUGGAAUCAGGCCGUGACACAGUGGAUAUUCAUGGGAUUGAAGCAGAGACAAUGGAUCUCCUGUUGGACUUUAUGUACACGUGUUCUAUUGUAAUAAGUGUGGAAAAUGUUCAGCAGGUCUUACAAGGGGCCAGCCUUCUUGGUCUGACAUCCCUGCGUAACAUGUGUGCUCACUUCUUGCAGUCACGUCUCACACCAUCAAAUUGUCUUGGUAUUCACCAAUUUGCAGACAUGUAUGCUUGCACAGAGCUGGAGUCAGUAGCUAGAGAGUUCAUCUUCCAAAACUUCCUGCUCGUGUCCCACACAGAAGAGUUCUUUGAGCUAUCUGAGGACCAACUAAUAGGGCUGUUAAAAAGUGACAAACUUCAUGUAACCAGUGAAAACCAGGUAUUUGAAGCCGCCUGUCAGUGGUUACGCUAUGACCCACAGUCACGACAACAAAAUGCCUGUCGAAUUCUCCAGAAUAUCAGACUUGCUCUCCUAGAUCUGCCAUUUCUUGAAAAUGUAGUCCUCAAGUCAGAGUUUUUUCGGACUUGUCCACAGUGUCAGCUUCUCAUUAGCAAUGCCAUUCGAACGAAGCAGGACCAGUCUCAACUGGAGCGCAUCACUCCGCGUGCUCAGCCCCCAUGCAUCUACGUCAUCGGUGGCCGCAACAGUGAACAAUGUCAGCUUAGCAGCAUGGAAAGAUAUGACUUUUUGACCAAUGAGUGGUUUACAAUGCAAUGCAUGAACACAGCCAGAACAGCUGUGGGAGCUGCAAGUGUAGAUGGACUGCUGUACGCAGUGGGUGGUGAGUGUGCCAUGGCUAAAAAUCAAGAUGACACGCUGUACCUGCGCUGCACUGAAUGUUAUGACCCUGUUCUCAAGCAGUGGUUUAACAAGUCAGAUAUGAGCAAGGCUCGCUCGUUCGUUGCUGUGGCAGCUGUCGGGGGAUACCUGUACGCUAUAGGUGGAGAAGAUCGACAGAUUAGUUACAGCACGGUUGAAAGGUUUGACCCCAAAACCAACACAUGGACUGAAGUGCCAAGCAUGAAAGGCAAGCGCUCUGGUGCUGGAGUCACAGUGUGCGAUGGUAAAAUCUAUGUGGCAGGUGGCUAUGACAAGAUCUUGCACACUGACAGAGCCAGCAUGGAGUGCUUUGACCCUGACACACAGGAGUGGACAUUCACAGCAGAAAUGGAAAAAGCUCGGUCAGGUUUAGCGCUAGUGGCUCUGGACCAUUUUAUCUAUGCUUUCGGAGGCCGCUUCCGCCCUACAGACCAAUAUUUUGAUUUAGUGGAAAGGUUCAACACUGUCACACGUCAGUGGAGUACCAUACAAUCCAUGCAGAAGCCUCGGGCAUGGGCAGGUGUUGCUGUGUUUGACAACAAAAUUUAUGUUUGUGGGGGAUUUGACGGACAGCAUCGAUUAAACGAUGCAGAGGUAUAUGAUCCAGACAUGGAUCAGUGGACGUACAUCAGCAGUAUGAUUAUCCCUCGGGCAGGGUGCGCUGCAGCUGUUGUAUGACAGUAUGCACUGGAGGGUGGGCAGGGGAGGCAACUUGAGUAAAUACGAGAAAAUGAUUGUGGAAAGACAAUUACUGGCCAGGUUUGGUGCUAAAGAAUGUGAACAUGGCCCAAGGAGGGAAAUGUGGGUUAUAUAAUACAUCUUGGAUUUGGGGCUUCACUUUGAUCUGAACUAUUUUCUGUUCUCAGUUUCAUACAUGCUCAUCUUUCAACAUCCAUUUAAUUGACACUGCUUUAUGUUAAAGCUUUCACUUUCAGUGGGCAAGACUGACAACUCAGAAUGCAGGGAGUGUCAUACAUGCCACAUGCAAACGUCUCAUUUUUCCCCAGCCUGCGCAAGGGAAGAGGAAAGGGCAGUUCAGUGCUUUACUCCCUCUUCUUCAUGAGACAAGUUUGUUUUCAGGGUGUAAGGAUAGCUGAUCUUACAUUUAGCUGGAAUGGUGGUGGUUGGUAGGUGGGAAACCUGUGAUACUGUCAUCUGCUUAUCUGUAAUGAAUUCUGAUGCAUAGGACUUGAGGCUGGAAUAGUCUAGCUUAUUACUAUUCAAUGUCUCUGGUGCUAUUUGCUUAUGUUGGUCCUGGACUUUGACUGCUGUGUUUUUAUGGUUAUUUUGGGUGUAAUAAUUUCUGGCUUUCUUGUCAUUUGCCGUAUGUCUUGGAUGGUCUAACAUUUCACACACACAUGUAUACCUAAAUGAAAACAUUAUCAGAAAGUGCUUUUUUUUUUCAAAGCUUCUGUAGCUUCAGAUGUAUUUAUCUAGAUACAAUUUCAGUUUGACAGAUGCAAAACAGCAUCAGAGGGAUUUUAAGAAAUGUUUGUAGGCUUUUAGCAGUUUUGCUUGCAUUUACUUAUAAAGUGAAGUGCAAGGAAUGUAGACAUUUUUUUAGCAGUUUUUCCCCCAUAAGUCACAAAGCAUCAUAAAUUUCAGCUUAGAAACAUUUUGCAGUCUGCAUGAUGGUAUUUUAAGGAUGCUGAUGUAUUCAAAUGAAGACACCAUCUGGUUGACACAUUUAUUGAAACUUGGAUAGUAAUUUUUACCCCUCCCCCAACCUCCCUAGAUAACUGAAAUUUCUGGAUGAAGAACACUCAGAAUUUUUCCUGAUUUAUUUUUGCUACUAUUUGAAAAGCUAAGCAAGCACAGGAGCCUAAUGGUUAACAUGCUUGACUGCAGAAUAGAAGGUCACUGGUUUGAGAUCAGCUCGUACAUGUGGCUGGAAAACUCCCCCUGCCCAGUCUACAGUUGCUUAGUAUUAGGCACCUAAUAUCAAGGGAGGUAAAAAUGGCAGGUGAGGGUAGGGUUUUGCUAUUCAGAAGCCAUGUCCCUACUUACAUGCACUAUAACUAUGACAUUUAGGAUGUGGAAGCCUUCAAUUAAUUUUACCUUUAUUUAAACAGCAUAGUCUUUGGUUUCUGGGCUAUUAUGCUUUUCCUUGCAAAAUACCUUUUGCAUUUACUUUUACAAAUCAGUUGUUGCACUUGUGCCACCUUGCGGAAUCUGAUAUUCAACACUGAUAAUUCUCAAGAGCAUUCAUGCUCACGUCUAUUUUCUUUAUUCUUUGGCAGGUUUUUAAUAUUUGUUGCAUUAUGACUUAUGAUUAUUUGCCAUUUUGAGGGCAUAUAAACCUUGGCUGUGCAUGUACAUUUUUAAACAUAAAAUUUGAGGCAAGCUGAGGUACUGUGAUGGGUACUAUGUUCCUUGAAUGAAGCAAGAAAUCCAUGCACUUUGUACAGAAUACUUUGAAGGGUGUGGGAAAUACACACUUAAGCCCACUGGUACUGGCACAGUCCACAUCCAUUCAAAUAAGCAGAUUUUAUUUUAUAUCAUUGUGCAUGAUGCAGAUGAGAUUGUGCAGCAUUUAAAGUAUUCAUUUGAUAGCUGUAGUUCACUGGAAUUAGCUUUGCUCUUUUAGACAGACAUUAAGUGUAGCUAUCUGCUGCAUAUAAAGAUAUGUUCAUUUUUAUACCAUAUGAUAUUUCACAGGCAUGAAGUAUGUUGAAGCCAAGAUAAUAUGUUUGUUGCAGACAUACUUUUUUACGUUAAGGGAAGGUGCCAGUGUAGCUUGCUUUCCAGCUAUUGAUUUUAGUGGGAAUGUACACUGCCCAUUAAUGAUCUGAAUUAUGCGGUAAAACCUGUGGUUGUUGCAGUUCACAAAUGUGUUGCCAUCACUUACAAUGAACCAUAGAUCAGUGUAUUAAACCUGCCUUCACAUGAAGACGCACUUGACAAAUGCUAUUAUGAUUAUAGUUUCUUAAAACGUUUCCUAGACAAAAGUGGGGUGUUUAUGCUCUGUUCAUUGUUCAGCACUGCUGUUGCAGAUACAUUUGGUUACAAGGUGAAAAGUAUAUUGAUUUUACAAGCAAGCUUUUGCAUCCAGAGCAACCCUAGUCCAUGAACACAGGGCAGAAUGCACUUAGAUUUUUCACUUACAAAAAAAAAGUGUUCAUAUGCAGAGUAAGAUUAUGCACAGGCAUCGGGUAGUCAUAAGUUUGGAUUAAAAUAAUUCCAUCUUUUAUCAUUAUUUGCAUCAUGGCCUGUCAGUAGAGGUCCUAUAUGUUGUACAAAUAUGCUGGGUAAAAACUUUUGUGUUAGAUGGUAGUCUCCUCACCUAUCUUACAUUCUAGUUCAGUUACAAUCCAUAGUUAAGAAGAGGUUCUCCAUUUUUUAAAUUGAUGCAAAGUAAAAGAAACAUUGGCCAGAAAGAAGGAAAAUUACUACUUAUUUGACAUUCUGUUCAGGUAUUGUAUCUUGCAUAGAGUCAGCUUGCAAAGUUCCUUUUGGUGUUGGGAGAAAGAAACAGAGGUUGGCCAUUGUUACACAUUUUUCAUCUUUUACAAAUACUUUAAAAACUGUUUGGAUCUUCUUUUAUUUUCAUAUCGUGGUUUAGGUUUUCUUUGUCUAUAUCAACAAUCCAAAAAUGAGUGACGUUUUCUUUUACUAAUACCACUUUCAUACAGCUGAAAAGUGUUCCUUUUGCUGAAUACAAUCAGUAGAGUCUUGCACUACUCCAUUGCAGUUUUUAAGCCAUCUUUUUCAUUUCCUGUAGUGUCUCAAAGCUAGUCCAUUUUGCUACUUGUUCAUACAAAAAGAAGUUGACGCACAAGUAUCAGCUAUUAUGUAAAAGAUUUGCAAGCUCCCAUGUACACCAAUCAUCACGGAUUGUGACUAUGAACUUAGUAACUAUACCCAUGGUUUCUGUACCUCUGGUUUGCAGCUAUGGUUUCAGGGAGUGCCUUAAAGGCAAUGCAUAUUGAAGAAUUUAGAGUUGGGGAUAAUGAAGGUCUACACUUGUUUUUCUUACAGUUUGUAACUACCUGUAUGGAGGUAUCCAGAUUUCUUCAUUUGCAGAUUAAGUUCAUCAUUUUCUGCAAAAUUAUUUGGGAAAUGUGAUAGAAGGAAUUCUAUUACCAUUUUAACAAACUUGUGCCAGAUUCCAUUAUGGCAAGUUUUGUUCUAUUUUCUGCGUGCGAGUGGUGAGGUGUACAAGCACAUUUAUUUCAUCCAAUAAUAAUAAUUGAAUUUAUAA